AUGGCGACGGCGACGGCGACGGCGAUUGCGAUGAUGUUAGCGCUGGGGAUCGGCAUCCUCAAACAGGAUCUGAACCCCCUUUCCAACAGUGUGGACGAACCUGUUGGAUUGUUCCAAGGAAAUCAGAAUGGGCGAAUUUACCAGGAGCGACCGAUAUACAAUGAACUUCAACCUCAAUGGAACUCAAGAAUGUCGAGAAUUUAUGCGAACACGCUCAACGGUUGGCAACAAAGGAACGGGUACAGAAGAGAGAACACCAGAGCAAAGAUUCCUAUGCAGAGGAUAGCAGUUGAUUUUGAAGAUGAAAUUACCCCCCUCAAGAGAUCUGUCGAAGUUAUUCAGGGCGAAAUCAACGACAUGCAAUCAGAGAUUGCCAACCAGCAGAAGUUGAUCAAUUCUUGGAGGCGAAGCCGCACCAAUCCUGCCGUUACAGCAACUCCUCAGCUUCAGUUCAAGGUGCCGGGACCCAUUGAAAUUGACCAUUUGAGUUUGCCUGGUGGCUCAUACUCACUCAGUCUGUCUGAUACGUCUGCCGGAAGCACUGCAGUUCUGCAGUCUGGUAAUCAUCAGUACCAGGUUGCUUUGCAGAGGCAGGCGAAUACAAAAAAGGCAGCGAUUCCGCUGUCCGAGAUUGACAAAAGUGAAGCGAAGCGGGCAGUCAGGCUUUAUCUUCAACAACGUGCAAAGGCAUUGGAGGCCAUGAGAAAUUAUCAUAAUUCGGUAUCCUCCCAGCAGACCGACAAGGAACAUGUGUCUAGCUCGUUGAGCUCAAAAGAGAAGUCGAAACACGCAGGUGGUAAUGUGGGGCCGACCGCAGUGCAGAGCUUGAGGAGCAAACUAUCUCGGCAGUUGGCAAGACAAGAAGAGGAAACCAAGAUUCUUGAAGAAGCGACCCGUCUGAAAGCCAAAACUGAAGCUGCUGAGGCACAACAUGCCAAACAAAGAUUUACACGUUUCUCGAACAGUGUGGGCAAGGAAGCCAAAGAUAUUAUCGCGAAGUUGCUUUCAAAGGAUCUAAGAAGAAAAUCUCAUCAAGCGAGUGAACGGGAGGGAAAACAGGACCAAAUGGGGAAGCAGGAUCCACAUCUACAACUCAUCGACGAGGUUGAUAGAGCACUGAAAAAUCAACUCAAGAACGACCAAGUGUAG